UUCUACACAACACUUCUGCCAAGUUCUGGAAUUUAUGUAGGCCCAGGGCAUCAUGGAGAGGAAGCACUGGUGCCAGCAGGAACGAAAGGGCGACACUGAAAUGGGAACGAAAGGCUCUUGAAGGACACUGCUUGCUCAAGCAGGGGAAGGGGAACUCCCAUGCGGAUCCGUUAGGUGCUAGCAGGUGGUUUGCUGAGCUGAAAGCCAGCCCUUUCAGCUGAGCGCAGAUCAGAAUAGCGCCACAACUCUUUACUGAAUGUGCAAACAAGUUUCUGCAGCGAUGGCAAAAUGCUCACGUCAUUCACAAGCAUGUCACUUCUCUGCGCCUCGCUUUAGCAGGAUGCAACCUAUGGUGGUGCGCAUUUUGCCUGUUGUGCUUUUGCAUAGCUUAGCAAUGCAGGGAAUCUGUGCAAAGAUCUCAAAGGCAGGUGCGCUUGAGUCUGAACACAGGGUGCACGCAUUCUUCUACCUCUGGUAUGGGAACCCCGAGCAUGACGGUGCCUACUUGCACUGGAAUCACAAAGUCCUACCCCACUGGAGAGAGGAAGUGUCAGCACAAUUUCCUGUGGGCAAAGAGUUUCAACCUCCACAAGACGUUCACUCGACCUACUACCCAGCCAGAGGCUGUUACAGCUCGAGGGACCCCGCUGUGAUUCUAGCGCAGUUUGACGAGUUGGCUGCUGCAGGUGUAACUGUGGCGGUUCUUUCCUGGUGGGGCCAAAGCGACCGUAAGGAGAGCGCAGAUACCCAAGGCGUGUCUACAGAUGCCCUUCUCCCAAUUGUUUUCCAAGUUGCUGAGGCGCAGGGCACCGUCAAGCUGGCAUUCCACCUGGAGCCGUACGUCGGACGGUCCGCCAAGAGCGUACGAACGGACGUGGAAUACCUCAUGGAGAGGUUUGGGGCAUCGCCUGCGCUGCUGCGGUGGCAAGGAAAGCCGGUGUACUACGUCUACGACUCGUACCUGACGCCGUCGGGGGAGUGGGCCGCGGUGCUCAAAGAAGACGGGGAUGACACGCUGCGGGGAACCAGCCUCGACGGCGUUUUCAUCGGCCUGUGGCUCGAGUACAACGACGGGGAGAAGCUGGAGACCGCAGGGUUUGACGGGGCGUACAGUUACUUCGCCAGCGAGGGGUCUUCUUAUGGAUCCACGUGGUCUAGCUGGCCACGUAUGGCCCAAUGGGCGACGGAAAACAGAAAGUUGUUCAUCGCCAGUGUUGGGCCCGGUUACAACGACACCCGCAUCCGCCCCUGGAACCCUGGCGCAACUAGGGCGAGGGAAGAAGGGCGGCUAUACAAGCGGGCCUGGCGGCACGCUAUUGACGGGGGCGCUGACGUCAUCUCUAUUACGAGUUACAAUGAGUGGGGGGAGGGCACGCAGAUUGAGCCAGCCAAGCCGUCGGUGACGUCGGGAGGCGCCCCCUUCGAGGACUACGGCGCUGACGGUCCUAAGAUUUAUCUGAACCUCACAAAAAAGCUCGUAGGCGACUUCAAAAAGAGGCGACGAGAGAGUCAAGGUUCCCUUCGAGAGGAGCUAUGACGAUUAGAAGACUAUGCAUGGUUGUGAGAGCUCGCUUAUAAUGUUUGACAGAGUCCUUGACUUGAUUGAUCACUGCAUGUUGAGCACUGGCCAAGUUGAUUGCAGACAGCUUCAAACAUAGCAGUAUGGCUUAGUGCGAGUUGCCCACGGUUGCAAGGAUCUGUCGUGACUGUAAAUCUUAUUACGUGGCUUGGCGGGAUGACAAGACUCCCAGAGUCCUGUUUGCAGAAAGCAACAUGUCAGGACUCGAGUGGCUAUAGCAGGAUGCAGCCGGUUGGCUUGAGGUGAUAUCG